AGACGCAGCCAUCCAUGGACAUACAGUCUCCAUGGAUGCAGCGCUGGCAUAAAAGGAAAUAUGUAUAAUUAUUAUUUUUUGAAUGUAAAAUAAGGAUUCUGAAAAUUAUUAAACUUGUUUACUGAGUUUAACAGAGUUAAUAUAUAUUAAUUAUUAUAAAAAGAUUUUAUUAUGUUAAAUUGAAAUCUUUCAAUGACAAUUGAAGUACAUAAAUGAAAUUUAGAAAGAGAUUGUUAUGUAUAUAAUUAUCUUUUGGAUUACUUGAACUUCGAUUUUUUGAAAGUAUAUGAUACAAAUAACAAUAGCAUUAACAUUAUGAUUGAACUAUUAUCAAUACCAUUGAAGAAGCCUACUGAUGUAGAUGUGAUUAAACCUUUACAAAACGUCAUUCAAUCAACUUUAUCUGUAUCGUCCAAAGACAUAGAUUAUUUCGAUAAUAUUACAGAAUUUAGUAAAUUGCGAAAAAAUGCGUUAUGGAGGGCAUUUGAAAAAUACGAAAGCUCCUUGGAUAUAAUUUACAGAUAUUAUGAUCAAAUCUGCAGUUUAGAGGGAAAACUUCCGAUAAAUGAACUUCAAAUUCCAUUUAAAUGGAAAGAUGCAUUCGACCGAACAAUUUUUGGUGGUAAACUUAGUUUAAUUUUAAUUUUUGCAGCUAUAACCACUUUAGCAUAUGAAAAGAUUUGUGUUCUCUUCAAUAUAGCAGCUUUACAAAGUUGUGUUGCAUCUUCUCAAUCUUUUGAAAAUGACGAUGGAUUGAAGUUAGCUGCAAAAUUAUUUCAGCUAGCCGCUGGAAUUUUUAGUUAUUUGAAGAGUAAUAUUAUGCUAAUUAUUCAGCAAGAACCCACACCAGAUAUGAGUCCUGAAACACUUGAAGCUCUCUCUCUUUUGAUGUUGGCACAAGCUCAAGAAAUAUUUACACACAAAGCAAUAUUUGAUAAAAUGAAAGAUUCAGUUAUUGCGAAAUUAGCUGCACAAACAGAAGAUCUCUAUAGUGAAUGUUCGAAAAUAUUUCAAAAAGAAAUUUUUAGAGCUUUCUGGGAUAAAGAUUGGGUUCCAAUGAUAAUGGGCAAGGAAUACGGAUACCGUGGAUUAUCUGAGUACUACCAGUCAUCAGUUUGUAGAAACGUAAAAGCUAUUGGAGAAGAAAUUUGCAGACUAGAUUUUGCAACAGAAAUGUUCAAAGCAGCCAUGACAAAGUCAAUUAGAUUGGAAUUUUUCAUGGAUUAUUAUAAUAGAGCUGACAGACGGCUGACAGAGGUGAAAAAAGACAACGACUUUAUUUAUCACGAAAGGAUUCCAGAUAUUGCGAGUUUACCUUCAAUUAAUAAGGCAAAUGUAGCCAAAUUAUCGCCAAUUCCACCUCAAUUGAGUUCUGACUUCCAAGAUCUCUUUAUUGAUUUAUUACCGAUAGCGGUUCAUCGUGCCAUGUCGAAGUUCGAAGUUCAGAAGAAUGAAUUAAUUAGUAUAGAGAUAGCUAAAAUACGUAAUGCAAGACAAUUAUUGAAUGGAGCACUUGCAAGCAUGAAUUUACCAGCGGCAAUUGAAGACAUUAAUGGGACUGAGAUACCUCAGUCAUUAAUUGAUAAAGCUGGAUAUAUUAGAGAUGCAGGUGGAAUUAAAGCAUUGGAAAAUAUUAUGAAUGAGCUUCCGGAGCUAUUACAGAGAAAUAAAGAUAUUCUAGAUGAGACUGAAAAAAUGUUAGAUGAUGAACUCAAUUCGGAUAACCAUCUUCGUUCACAAUUUAAAGAACGAUGGACUAGACUUCCUAGUAUACGGUUGACUGAACAAUUUAGAUCUAAUAUUCAGAAAUACCGAGGUAUAAUUAAUAAUGCUAUUACAGCAGAUAAGAUAGUACGUGAUAAAUUUGAAACUCAUCGUGAUGCAGUGAACAUUCUGAGUAUGGAUUCUAAUCAUUUAGCUAAUUUCAUCCCCACUGGUUCAGCUAUUCACGAAAGUAAUAUUGUAAGAGAGUUACGGCAGUUUAUGUUAGAGGUAGAUAUUUUAAAAACAGACCAAGAUAAAAUCGAAUUUGAUUUACAAUCAGAGACAAUUGAUUUACGAAAUGAAUUUGUAUCUGCAUGUGAACGAGGUAAUAUUCCUAAUGAAGAGGAAAUAAAAUUGAAAUACAUUAAUACACAUUAUGGGCCGAUCAAAAAACGUAUAGAUGAAUGUUCUCAGCGCCUAGAUCGGUUAUUGGAAGCCAUUCAUAUAACACAUGAAAAGUUUACGAAGGAACAAUCAUCAUGUGGGAGUUCUCGAGAGCAAAUGCUUUGUAAAUUAGCUGCUGCAUAUGAUGUAUUCAAGGAUUUGAAAAAUAAUUUGCAAGAAGGCGUAAAAUUUUACAAUGAUUUAACACAGCUUCUAGUAAUGUUUCAAAAUAAAAUAUCAGAUUUUUGUUUUGCUCGUAAAACAGAAAAAGAAGAACUAUUCAAAGAUAUAACAACACAUUUAAGCCAACAUGGUCAUGUACAAGCUUCUGAACUAUCGUAUCACUCAGGAUCAUUAUUGGUACCAUCAGAAUCGAAUCCUACAUCAUAUUUACCGUAUCCUGCAAAAGAUGAAGGAAGUAUGCCGAAUCCAUACAGUGCUGUGACUCUGGCACCUUAUCCGAAUUUUUUGCCGCCUCCUCUUCCGGCAACAUUUAAUCCAUAUACUACAUUACCCUACUCUUUUCCUGAUGAAAUUCGACCAUUACAUGCACAUCAACCAUCUAUAGAACCUUACACGAGUAUUUCUAGCUUUAAAGAUGGGUCACAUAGAAAGCCUUCAUAAAAGCUCUAAUCUUUUCGGAACAGCAGAAAUAAUGUAAAAACCAAUAAUUAUAAUAAAACAAUAAUGAAGAAAAUAAUUUAUUAAGUAUAUAUAUAUAUAUAUAGUAUUUUUACAACCUUGUAUAUUAGUACUGAGGUUGCAUAA